CAAACAAAAGAUAUAUCAGUAGCAGGAGUACGUGACCGACCAAAACCCUCUCUUCAAGUACUGUUCGCCACGAAAGUCAAUCGGCCACCAGGAUUUUUGACAUAAAUAAGUCAUAUACAAGUUUCGUCAACAAUCAGCAGAGAUGUCCUCCAACAACUCCGGCACCGGCAGCUUGAGCACACAGGGCUCCGGAUCUGGCUCAUCGUCCGCGGACAGCAGCGGUUUCAAUGUGACCUCGAGCGGAACCAACUCUCAGGGCAACCACUACUGUUCCCGCGAUUGUGUCCCCUCGGCCAGCAACUCUAAUUCCUACCACUAUUCCAAUAGCAAUGGAAGCUACUACUAUAGCAACCCGAAUGGCUCGACUUACUACAACUCCGGCACCGGAUACAGCCAGUAUAACUCGGGCAAGAAGUGAUCAUUCCUUCCUGGGAUACACUCUUCGGGCAUGAUGCUGGAUGGAAUCUAGAUUGAGAGGGUAUGUUGAGCUCGAGACCAUUCUUGUGCUCAAGUCUGUGCGG